AUGGGCAUUUUGUCAUUUGACAUUUUGUCGGGUGGCAUUUUGUCGCGUGGCAUUUUGUCGCGUGGCAAAAGGUCCGUGUUACGUCAUCCUUAUUUUCUCUGCCCGUCUCUUCAGGGGCGGGGCGAUAAUCAAUCAAUAAAAAGAAAGGGAUGUUAUAGUAGUUUUGAAGAAAAUGCUUUUUCACCUCAACCUAUGAAACGUGUCAUAACACCUGAACUUCCGAGAUUACCUGCGCCGCCUACUGAAACCUCUCUUCCUGAAGAAUACAUGCGCGAUGAUUUUUGGGACAGAUUAAGUAAAAACAAGGACGUGCAGGAAGGAGUUUGUGGAGAAUGGGUAAAGGGAAAAGCUGGACAUUUAACAUUUGAAGGGUUACUCUGUCUGCGAGAUGGCGAAUGGGUCAACGGUGAUCUAAUUGAUGCAUAUCUCCAACAUAUAUGUAGACGAAAUGGUACUAAUCUUGUCUCCCCUCAUAUAGAUAGCAAAGAAAAUACUGAUGAUUAUGCUCCAGAUAAUAGAAUUCAAUAUAUACCUACAUUUGCUUUGUCCCGCUACAAAACAAAAAAACAAAUCAGCUCGAAGUGGUAUUGGAAGAUGGAAGGUGUUGAACUUGUCUUGGCUCCCGUGCAUAUCAACAAAAGCCACUGGGCUAUGUCUUUCGCAAGAAUGCAAAAGAAGGAAAUUAUAGUAAUGGACUCUAUAAAUAAUGGACGUGCUGGAAGCACGAAAAAAGACUUUAUGAACAUGCUUUUGAACAUUCUUAUGGAUGCUGCUGAUCAGUUUGCAAUGGAUAUAGGCAAAAGAGAAGACUGGACAUUAAAAGAAUUGCUAGAUGUACCGCAACAACAGAAUGGAAUAGAUUGCGGUAUUUUUUCCCUCUUAUUUGCGUAUUAUGAAGUUGAUGGAAGAUGUAUGGACUUUACUCAAGAACACAUUAGCUAUUUUAGAAGGAAAAUAUGUAGAGAUUUGUUACCAAGCCAAUAG